CAAAGCCCCGCUAACAGUUAGGCCACGACAUUAGGUACCCUCCAUUUUAUCAUUUAUCAGAUCCAGGACCUGCUUGCCUCGGAUUUGACAACCCUUGGGAACUUGAUUACUGCAGCCAUCGUUGAUUGUGGCUUUCCAUCUCCGGCCCAUUGUAUUGCUCGCUGCUUUUGUGGUAUUUGUGGCUGUCCUUGUGCAAUAUUUAUCUUUUCCCUCUGCAACCAUUCCUGAACCGACCAUGUCGACUGGAUUGAAAUCUGUUGCUUACUUUGUUAACUGGGCCAUCUACGGGCGCAACUACAAUCCACAAGAUCUGCCCGCCGACAAGCUGACGCAUGUGCUCUACGCAUUUGCCAAUAUCAAUGCGGAGACUGGGGAAGUUUACUUGACCGACAGCUGGUCUGAUGUCGAGAAGCACUACCCAAGUGAUUCGUGGAAUGAUACCGGCAACAAUGUCUACGGUUGCAUCAAGCAACUAUUCCUGCUGAAGAAGCAACAUCGCAAGCUGAAGGUCCUAGUCUCCAUUGGUGGCUGGACAUACUCUGCCAACUUUGCUGUCCCUGCGAGCACCCCGGAAGGCCGGGCGAAGUUUGCCGAGUCCGCUACCCAACUCGUUCUUGAUCUUGGCCUUGAUGGGAUUGAUAUUGAUUGGGAGUACCCCCAAGAUGAGCAUCAAGCUCAAAACCUGGUCGAACUGUUGCGAGCAUGCCGCGAGAGUCUCGAUAGAGCCGCCGGUCCACACCGCAAGUUCUAUCUUUCCAUUGCUUGCCCUGCAGGGCCCAGCAAUUUCUCCAAGCUCAAGCUGCGUGACAUGACGCCCCUGCUGGACUUCUACAACCUCAUGGCAUACGACUAUGCCGGCAGCUGGGACCGCAAUGCCGGCCACCAGGCCAAUGUCUUCCCGUCAAAGUCGAACCCAACCUCGACGCCAUUCUCGACCAUCACUGCGCUCGAGCACUACAUCAAUGUGGAUGGGGUGCCACCCCAGAAGAUGGUUCUAGGCAUGCCGCUGUACGGUCGUGCAUUUGAGAAUACCGACGGCCCGGGCGCGCCAUACAACGGCGUGGGCCAGGGUAGCUGGGAGAACGGGGUCUGGGAUUACAAGGCCCUGCCACGUCCCGGCGCUACGGAGCAUAAUGAUACGGAGACGGACGCAUCCUGGAGCUACGAUCAUAACUCGCGCACCAUGGUCUCGUACGAUACUGUCGAGAUGAGCCAGAGAAAGGCUGCAUUUGUCAAGCACCGGCAGCUCGGAGGUGGUAUGUGGUGGGAGAGUAGCGGUGACAAGGGAGGCAAGGAGGGCGAUCCUGCACAGGGCAGUCUGAUCGGCACUUUCGUGGACGGCGUCGGUGGCGUCGGCGCAUUGGAGCAUACGGAAAAUGCUCUCGAUUAUCCCGAGAGUAAGUAUGAUAACUUGCGGGCUGGGUUUCCCGGCCAGUAAGUAGAUGAAGUAGAUGAGAUCCAUCCGGCGAUCGAUGUAUGACGGCGAGGAGUCAUGCAUGAAAGCGGUCCGGACCGUGGCCAACUGGUCCGUGGUGGCUCUGGGCUUUCGUCCCCUUACACAAAGGCAUAGUGCAUGCAGUCUAUCGUUUACAUAUUACAGCAGAACAAUCAAGAUUGGCAGAAGCCAGGUUUUGGUGUGAGUUUUUUUUGUAUUCACAGUAGUCAAGGUUCCUAAGGUAGGUGCCCUUCAACCGUAUCAUCUAUCGUGAGAUUUCCAUAACUCGUAUCAUGCCUAGAAUAACCCAUGCCCGAACUCGAUAACAGAAACCUCCCGGUUAGACGGGGUCCAUUUACUUGGACUCGUCGAAGACGUAGGUGAGGUGGCACUUGCCGCAGUACUGACGGUUGUGCAUGGCAGCCAUGAAGAUACCGGCACCGCACUAGGAAAAGUAUUAGUCAUUGCGCUCGUCUUUCCAAAGUCUUCCGUCGGAUUUGUAACAUACCUCGGGGGAGGGGCACUCGCGGCGCAGACGCUCAAUCUUGCCAUCGCCGUCAACCUUGUAGUACUUCAGGAUGGCCAACUUGGUCUUCUUGUGCUUGUGCUUGAUCUUCUUAGGGGUGGUGUAGACCUUCUUCUUGCGCUUCUUGCCACCACCACGCAGGCGGAGCACGAGGUGAAGGGUGGACUCCUUCUGGAUGUUGUAGUCCGAAAGAGUGCGGCCAUCCUCGAGCUGCUUGCCAGCGAAGAUCAGGCGCUGCUGGUCAGGGGGGAUACCCUCCUUAUCUAUGCGGGGGACGUUCUGAUUAGUCUCGAUGUUGGAAUUUCUGGUAUCGGAGAGAAGGUUGUUCUUACCCUGGAUCUUGGACUUGACGUUGUCGAUGGUGUCCGAGGACUCCACCUCAAGGGUGAUAGUCUUACCCGUAAGGGUCUUGACGAAGAUCUGCAUCUUGAUGAAGGCCUGGCGGUGGGAGGUUAGCAGCUGGAAUUUGAAAUUUCAGUGCGCGCGAGCAAAAGAGAACGUCGGCCGAAGUGAGCGCAUAAUGGUGGCAUUUUCUUUCGACAUCUCUAGUGCUGAAGCGCAUGGGUGUUGGGGCGUCCAAC